AUGCGGCACUCGAGGCGUGAAGCGUUGGUUCUCAGCGCCCUUCCAGUGGAGACAUCACUGCUGACCAGUGACACUCAGGCCGCUGCUGACCACCUGCUGACACCUGCUGACCCCUUCUGUCCGGACUGUGAGACUGUUGACCACAAAACACGCACUCCUCCUGCUAAACCUGCUAAAUCUAACUCUGUCCCUAUUGCCCCGCAGUCUGAGCCCACCCCUGCCAUCCCUGGACCCUCCUCCGCCCGGGCAGAGUCUGAGAAGGUGCAGAAGCACAAGCGCAAAAGGUCACGUGAGCCGGACGCCAAACAUCCACCCAAAAAGCACAAGUCUUGUUAA